AUGGAGGAUGAACCUUCAAAUAAUUUUACUGAACCGAAUGAAGGACAAAUGGAGGAUGAAUGGCAACUGGAAAAGCAUUUGAUGUUUACCGUUGUAAUUGUGAAUUUUGAGUAUUUGAUUGAGUACUUUUGGUUGUUGGGUAAGUUGAUUUGGGACAUUUUGUGGGGAAAAGUGGCGGUGGUUAUAACCAUGUCAAGUCGUGGAAAUAUACACUGGUGUCAUCAACGUAGGCGGCUAAUUCGCCCUCGAAUCGAGGGCAUGGGUUGCCCUAGUUGUGAUGGAGGAUUUGUGCAGGAAUUAAGUGAGUUAGCUGGUGGUCGUGUAAGAGAUAGUUUAGAUCGUUUAGUUCGGACUAUGAAAGCUUUUGACCUUUCGAUGUUUCGGAGUCAUCGCGAGUAUAGAUUAGAAGUUUGUAACGCUUUGGUUACUUGUUCCGUGCUAAGAGCUAGACAUCUUAUGCAUGAAUAUAGUAGUCUGUGGUCGACCAGGAUGCCAGUUGAUAGUAAUGGUGGGUUUGAGUUGUUUGUUAAUGGAGACUCGGGAAACAUUGGUGAUAUAUAUACGAGAUUUGGACUUAACGAGUUGAUUGAACGGGUAUUGAUUGAAGUACAAAGUUCACUACGAGCACCAGGUCCUCGAUCAGCAAUCGAUGCUAUGCUAAAGAUAAAGAUCACUCCGACUCAUAUUGAGUGUGAUUCACAUUCACAUUGUCCGGUUUGUAAAGAUCUGUUCGAGUUUGGCACUGAAGCUGAGGCAAACGCCUUGCAAUCACAUAUAUCAAUCUGA